AUGUCAUCCUCUAUAUUCACAUCCAGUUCUAUCGCCAGCAGCAGCGCGCGGGGCAGCAGUAUGUGCGGCGGAAGCAGGGGCGUCCUCAGCCGCAGCGCCACCCGCCCAUACCGCCCGUCCACGGGAACAGGCAGUGGAGGAGGCGGAGCCGCGGGCGGCGGAGGAGGGGGAAGGAUUAGCGGCAUUGCGAGGGCGGUUAGUCUAGGGAAUGAUAUGGGGACAGUGGCUGUCCCCGUUAUUGGCAAACAGCAGUUUCAGCAUAAGUCUGGCGGGACAACCCCUGGUGGGAGCAAGGGCACGUCCCCCAUACACGGUGCAGACGGUCCCGUUAUGAGGACGGAGCCUUUCAGUAGAGCAGGCGCCGCUGCAUACCUGCAACGGUUCCAUUCCCCCCAGGUAGCCUCCCCUGCUCCAGCAGCAGGAGCAGCAGCAGCAGCAGGAGGAGUUGCAACAGCAGGUGCAGCAGGAGGGAUUGCGGACACCCCUCCUCGCACGCACGUCCGCCGUCGAUCCGCGGACUUGCGUUCGAACCUCUCCCUCUCGCACUCCUCUUCCGUCCCUGACGGUUCUACAGACGCCACAGCCCCUACCCUGGCUAGAGCCGGUGGCUCAGGGCCUAUCACGCCCCAUCUGCCCGCUUCUGCUUCCGUCCCCAGUGGAAGGGGAGGGGGAGCGAGAGGGGGAGGCGGAGGAGGAGAGGGAGGGUCUACGACGAGCAGUCCGGGCCGGGAUUGGUCGGAGCAGCUGUCUAUGACUGAUGCGCCUUUCCUGCCUGGUAGGUGCCACCUCCCCUCUGCGUUGACCACCCUCCACCAAUCCCCUGCGUUGACCUCCCUCCAACCCUGCGUUGGCCUCCCUCGUGUUGACCUGCCUCCUGCUUCCGCCAUCGUUUACCUCAGCUCAUCGUGCUUCGACCUCACAGCGUGCCCCUCAUUGGCGUUGGAGUGGAACGACCUCUUUUUCGCCGUACAAGACGCCAUGGCUGCGUAUGACACGCUGCUGCUGGCGCCGCUGACCACUGGCGCGCUGCCACGUGGCAGCGAGGUGAAGGAGCUGCAGCAGAUGGCGGAUGAGCUGGCAGGCAUGGCCCGGGACAGGAUGAACGGCUCAGAUGAGGAUCCUCAUCGCAUCCCCCUUUCCGUCACCCCCCCCCCCCCCUUCCUCCUUGUUCCGCCCUGCUCCCCUCUUUCAGGGCGACGCCCGCCGCUGCCCGCUGCUGCUGGUGCGCCUGUUUGCUCUGCGGGUGAAGCAGGAGACGCAACAGCUGUUGACCGUUCCCUGUACGGUCUUGGGAUCACCCACGCUCGCUCCCUCGCCCGCCUUUCCCUCCUGGGGAAGGCCGUUCGCGCAGCAGCAGAGGGGGCAGGAGAGGAGGAUCUCACGGUUCUGAGGGAUAGCCAGGAGUUGGGAGGCGUUCAGAGGAAGGUGGGCGGAGAAGCUGCGGGGGCAGCUGGGGAGGGUGUAUCUGCGUGUAGGGAUGGGCUGGGGGAGGCUGUAUCUGGUGCGGGGGGAGGUGGUGGGGGGAGGGAGGUGCCUCUGCUGGUGUGUCCUCAAAAUGACUGGGCUAGGCUGAGUGCUGAGUGUGACAGUAACAAAGGGGGCGCGUUGAAAGAGGUGAUUGUGUGGGACGAUGGGAUGGGGGAGCUACGGAAUCUGUUCAAGUCAGCAGCAGCUGCUACUGCUGCUGCUGCUGCCGCUGCUCCUAGUCCUGUUGGUGCCGCUGCUGGUGGGUUCAGUAGUGGGAAGGAUGAAGGGGGGGAUGAGAGUAGCAGGGAGGUAUCACCGAGAUCGCCUAGAGGGCCCUUGGCAAGGGAUGACGAGAGCAGGAAGAGCAGCAGCGGCGGCAGCACUGUUGGCAAACCUGCAGCAACCUCACGCGGAACUUUCAAUCAUGGGGCAUCUUCUUCCAUGGCUCAAGGCAGCAGUCGCCCCAACCAGCGCCUGUGCUCACAGAUCUUAUUAGAUCGCAUAUCAGAUCUGAUUUGGUACACCAAGUGGGUGGGUUGUAGCGACCCUGACGACCUCCCACUGGCCUGUAUCCCCUCUGUAGUGCCGGUGACCAUGCUUCUUAACGAGUUGGGCGCCCCUAGGUCUAAGGAAUCCGAUCUGCUCAUGUGUCACCGCUCUGAACUCCUCCGUCUCGUGCUCCCGGACUUUAGGGAGAAAGUGCAGCAGCGAUUGGUGGAGAGGGAGUUGGGUUGGAUGAGCGAGGGCAGUGGGGUAAGAGGAGGGGUGGUAGGAGGAGGAGGUGUAGGAGGAGGGAGAGCAGCAGCAGUGAACGUUAGGGUUUCCAAAGCCGCAGCUGCCGCUGCCGCCGCCGCAGCCGCCGCCGCUGCUACUGCUGCUGGUUCUAGUGGGGCAGGAACUCCCACUGGUCGAUCGAAUCUUCCCGGCACUCCCACCACCCCCUCCGCUGCUGCUAUAGCAGCCCAGCGGGAAGGGAAAAUAGGCGGGCAGAUCGGGAGCACCAUAUAUGAGAGCGGCCGAAGCGACGCCACAGGGCUGUCCCGGCAAAUCCCUUUGGAAGAGAUUUUAGCAGCUACAGACUCGUGGGAUCCGAGGAGAAAGCUUGGAGAGGGCGGGUUCGGGUGUGUCUAUAGAGGGGAUGCUGCUAACGGGGAGGUGUGGGCGGUGAAGCGCGCGAAUACGGUUUCAGACGAGCAGCUGGAGGAGUUUGAGAAAGAGGUGUCAUUCAUGAGUCGCAUGGCCCACCAGCAUCUCGUGCGACUCAUAGGCUUCUGGGCGGACUGUGACGAGCGAAUCCUCGUCUACGAGUUCAUGCACAGCGGCAUGCUCUCCUCUCGCCUCCACCGCAGCGCCUCCCACCUCGCCUCCUCCCACCCCGCUUCCGAAGCCCACGCCAAAGACAGCAAGCCGUUCUUCAAGCUCUACCCGUCAUCUGCCUCGACUAGCAAGGCCGCUUCUGCUGCUGCUGCGCGUGCGUUGGACCUCCCACCUCCUCUGACGUUUGAUGAAAGAGUGAGCAUCGCUGUAGGAGCCGCAGAGGGGCUGCGAUACCUGCACGAUUUCGCUGCCGAUUCUGUGAUCCACCGCGAUAUCAAAUCGGAUAAUAUCUUAUUAACAGAUAAGCUCCAGGCGAAGAUUGCGGAUUUCGGGCUGCUGAAAUCGGCUGAUCUGGGAGGGCCAGGAGGGGGCGGUGCGGGGGUAAGCCACACCCGACUCAUGGGCACCCCGGGGUAUUGCGACCCGGAAUACUCAAAAACCUACAUCGCGUCGGCAAAAAGUGAUGUUUAUAGUUUCGGCGUGGUUCUUUUGGAGCUGAUUACAGGGCAGCGGGCGAUUUUAUCUGAGAAUAGAAAGAAGGGCAUAGCAGGCAGCAUGGCGGCUUUGCUGUGGCUGAGACCGGGCGUGGGGGGGAAGACGCAGCAGCAGAAGGAGAUGGAGAUGCUGGGCUUUAAGAAGAACAAGAAGUCGAGUAUGCGGGCCAUCACGACGCUCGUCAGCUGGGCCAUUCCGCUGAUAGCAGCAGGCAAGCUCAAGUCUGCCAUUCCGCUGAUAGCAGCAGGCAAGCUCAAGUCUGCCAUUCCGCUGAUAGCAGCAGGCAAGCUCAAGGCCGUAGCAGACCCGGUCCUCGGAAACAACUACUCCUGCUCGAACCUGUCGACUCUACGCUGUCCCUUCUCUCCCUCUCGCACGACCCCUCCUUCCCUCCCUUCCCUUACCCCCUAUCCAGGCCAUUCCGCUGAUAGCAGCAGGCAAGCUCAAGCCAUUCCGCUGAUAGCAGCAGGCAAGCUCAAGUCUGCCAUUCCGCUGAUAGCAGCAGGCAAGCUCAAGUCUGUAGUCAACACUAAGCUGUCUCUGGUGUCCCUCUCGCACCCCUCCCCCACCCCUCCAUCCAUCCAGGCCAUUCCGCUGAUAGCAGCAGGCAAGCUCAAGUCUGUAGUCAACACUAAGCUGUCUCUGGUGUCCCUCUCGCACACCCCUCCCCCCACCCCUCCAUCCAUCCAGGCCAUUCCGCUGAUAGCAGCAGGCAAGCUCAAGGCCGUAGCAGACCCGGUCCUCGGAAACAACUACUCCUGCUCGAACCUGUCGACUCUACGCUGUCCCUUCUCUCCCUCUCGCACGACCCCUCCUUCCCUCCCUUCCCUUACCCCCUAUCCAGGCCAUUCCGCUGAUAGCAGCAGGCAAGCUCAAGCCAUUCCGCUGAUAGCAGCAGGCAAGCUCAAGUCUGCCAUUCCGCUGAUAGCAGCAGGCAAGCUCAAGUCUGCCAUUCCGCUGAUAGCAGCAGGCAAGCUCAAGUCUGCCAUUCCGCUGAUAGCAGCAGGCAAGCUCAAGUCUGCCAUUCCGCUGAUAGCAGCAGGCAAGCUCAAGUCUGCCAUUCCGCUGAUAGCAGCAGGCAAGCUCAAGUCUGCCAUUCCGCUGAUAGCAGCAGGCAAGCUCAAGUCUGUAGUCAACACUAAGCUGUCUCUGGUGUCCCUCUCGCACCCCUCCCCCACCCCUCCAUCCAUCCAGGCCAUUCCGCUGAUAGCAGCAGGCAAGCUCAAGUCUGUAGUCAACACUAAGCUGUCUCUGGUGUCCCUCUCGCACACCCCUCCCCCCACCCCUCCAUCCAUCCAGGCCAUUCCGCUGAUAGCAGCAGGCAAGCUCAAGGCCGUAGCAGACCCGGCCAUUCCGCUGAUAGCAGCAGGCAAGCUCAAGUCAGUGGUCGAUCCAGCCCUCGAAAACAACUACCCCCCGGGAGCAAUGAAAGCGCUCGCCAGCGUGGCAGCCAUGUGCGUCCAAAAGAGUGCCGCCCAGCGACCGUCCAUGGCUGAGGUGGCAACUCGCCUCUCCGCCAUCCAGCACAAGGUGCAAGAUUUACAUAUUCAGGGAGAAGAGCCCAAGUAUAACUUCCAGCCCACGCUUGCCGGCCCCUUACCUACUUCUGCCUCUACUGGUGGUGGUGCUGCGGCUGGUGGUGCUGCUGCUGGUGCUGUUGUUGCUGGCCGGUGGGGGAGUGGGGGCGGGGGAGGGAGUGGGGGAGGAGGUGGAGGAGGAGGAGGGGGAGGAGGGUCUGGGUCAGGCAGUAGCAGGAGUUUCAGUAGGACCGUUUCGGCUCCUGCCCAGCGGGUUGACCAGGCAGGGGGUGGUGGGAGUGGAAAGGAGAAGAAGAAGCAUCGGUACCAAGAGGUGGGCAGACCAGCAGGGAGCAAGGAGGGGACGGGAGAGAGUGGGAAGGAGGGUGCUGUUGGAAGGGAUGGGAAAGGCAAGGGGCUGUCGCGGCGGGAAUCGUCUAAAAGCGCGAGUAAAUCCAGUCUGCCUCUGCUUUCUGCUGGUGAUGCUGUAGAGUUUAGCUCGCAACAUGUUACAAACAGAUACAUGGCUGGGGGUGCGGGGGGGUUUUAA